AUGCCUGUCUACGAAACCCAAACGACACGCUCGCUUGAAGAAGCGCAACCCACGGAAGGUAUGUCACUUAGCAUUCGGCUCGAUUUUGACGAUGGCGGUAUUACGGGAUUCAAGGUUGCUAAAGGAUGCUGGAUAGCGGUAGACUUAGCCCAAGAGUCAGAGUUCUACCCGGAGGGCGGCCACGAUGCAUGGCUUGUUGUAGUGGGGGCAUGGUGCGCCAUGAUCCCAUGUAUGGGGCUCCUCAACACCUUGGCCGUCCUUCAGGCCUGGGUCUCGGAGAACGAGCUUCAUGAUCUCACUGAAUCGACAAUCGGCUGGGUGUUUAGCACCUAUGCUUUCUUCCUGUACUUUUGUGGCGCACAAGUCGGUCAGGCCCUCUCUUCGAUGCUCACGAUGUGA